UCUGCAUUCCCGCCCACCACUGGACUCUGGCCAAGGAGGUGGGGAAAGCUGCCAAGGCAGAGAGAACCCUGAGGCUUGCACAACACAACACACGGCAUCCCACCAGCCAGACAGCUAGGCAGACUGGCACCAAAAUGGCAGCAACGGUGACAGAAUCCGGGGGGGUGAAGGUCGUCACAGAGGUCAUCCCGCAGACCGAUCCCCGGGCUGCACAGCUGGACUCAACGGCACCACAUCCCAGCUCAGCCCAGGUCAAAGGCUUCAGGAAGGCACAGCCCAAGGCACUGGGGGCCAUACAGAUCAUAUCUGGUUUCACACAGAUCUCCUUUGGGAUUGCCUUGAUGAUAACUGAAUCCUCAGCCCCAGCCCUCACCGUAGCCAGCGGAGUCUACUUCUGGAUCGGCUUGCUGCUCGUGUCCUCAGGAUCCGUGCUGGUGGAGACUGAGAGAAGAGAAAGCAUCCGGCUGGUGAAAGUCUGCUACAUUAUCAGCGGCCUGGUCAUCCUGGCCACCCUGACAGCUGUGAUCAUUCACAGCCUGGAGAUCGGCCAAGACAUCCCGUGGUGCAGCACACAUGAGGGCGGCAAAGUGACCCCGCUGAACUGCGCCCAAUAUGUCUACAUUCUGAAUCACGGGAUUAACUCGAUAUUCAUCCUGCUUUGCUUCUUGGAGCUGUGCACGGCCAUCACUGCCCUGGUGUAUGGACACAAGGUCUUGAAACAGCAGGACUACACGCAGAUGCUGCUGUGAUGGAGCAGAGACCGGCUCUGCUCCUCCCACCCCCCAGGUGUACUGAGAACAUGAUGGAGAUUUCCUGCACUGGAGCCACAGCGACAUGGA